AUGUUGAAAAAGUUUCCAACACCUUUGUUAAAGCCAUACUGGCCAUUUUUUGUCGGCGGUGCAGUUGUCUAUUACGCAUUCGCCAAAGUUUCUGACCUGUCCGCAAAUUCCAGCGAAUUCAUCAACGAUCCAAGAAAUCCAAGAUUUGCCAGAGGUGAAAAGCCUGUUGAAUUGAAAUGA